AUGUUUUUAUUAGGGUUAUUCAUAGGUUACUUUAGCAUCAUAGAUGCUUAAUGGAGAAUAAGAUAUGAAUAUUUGUUUUCGAAUGUUAAUUUUCAAGAAAGAAUUAGAACAGAUUAAAUGAAUUACCCUUUCGUUCAUUUUACUUCAUCAUUUAUGAUUCCAACAUAAUUUGAUAGGACAGCUAAUUUUAUUAGUUGCACAAAUCCAGAAACAAGCUAUAUAACAUUGAAUUCUUAAUAUCCAUAAGUUUAAUAGUAUUAUUGUGAAAUUAGAAAACAUUUUUAUAGCUCAUCUUAUUAUUAUGAUCACUAUUAAAGCUCUUUUUUAAAGGGAUUUUUAUCAUUCGAUUUAUAUUUUUAAGGUACUUGGACUAAUGGAAAGGUGACAUUUUCAAUCGAUUUAUUUACAGGAGAGUAUCUAUAUAAUUCACCCUCUACAUAUGCACUUAAUAGUUAAUUUUGUGAUGAAAUUGCUUAUGAUAUCAGGACAGUUAAUUUUACAAUACCUUAUAAUGUAAAUGGUGAUUUUUUAUUUGGAAUCCAAAAUACAAAUGAAAAUGGCUAGGUUUCAAUUAGGAACAUAUAUUAAAUGUAUUACGAAAUCAUUUGUUAUCCUUCAUGCAAGUCAUGUACAGGACCUAAAUAAAAUGAAUGUACAGCAUGUUACUUUGGAACACCAACGAACAAUGUUUGUCUGCCAUGUCCAUCAGAUUAAUACUAUGUUAAAAAUGUUGGGUGUAGAUUGAAAUGCGAUUCUAUUUAACCAUUAUGUUUUAAUGGAUUUUGCAAUGCUUGUCCAAGUAUAUUUAAGUUAUUUAGUUUAGGUAAUUUCUAAUUAGGAUAUGUUAUAGUCAAUUAAAAAAUAUCUAAUGAUCCUAAUAGUUAUAAAGAUUUUUUAUAAUGGUCUAAAAUCUAUGACCCAAAAUUCAUUGACAAUUCUGUAGAUGUAUUUCAUUAUACAAAAAAUGGUUAAAAUAUCUUACUCUAUGGAAUAUUUAAGCAAAGCUCAGGAAUUAUGAGAUAAGUUUCAAUAUCAAAUGUAUGGGGAUAUUAUAUGAAAGUAAAAAUUAUGAUAAUCAUUUUCAAUGGGUUUCCAAUGGAUUGUGGAAUUUAAUUCAAAUUUAUGGAAUCAUCAUUCUUUUAUUUCAUAUUUUUAAUGUAAUUAUAAUAGAAAACAUAUGAGUUCGAUAACAAUACUCUUGUUGGUUCCAUAUAUAAGAAUAGUUCUGGAAUUUAAUUGCACAAAUUUAAGGAAUUUUAAGAGACUUCUCUAGGUCCUUAUGAAUCUUAUUCCAGUUCCUAUAAAUAUAUUAUUGAUGGUGUUUUUGACUUGCCUAAAUAUACUAUUUUGUUUUCAGCUAUUGGUAAUUUUAGGUAAAUAUUUUAUAUAUGAAUUCUUAGCGACACAUCAUUUGGUUGGGCAUUUUAAUCAAUUUGGUUUGGCACAUAGAGAUGUACAAAUAAUUGUUAAGCUUGCGAUGUAAAUUUCAAAUGCACUUACUGUUCAUCAUAAACUUUUAGAUAUAGAGAUGGAACAUGUAUUUCGACUUGUAAUCAACCCCAUUAGAAUAUAAUUUCGGAUUAUUGUAAGGAUUUAGAUGAUGAAACUCCAUGUAAUGAAUUAAUUAAAUAUAGAUUCAUAACUAUUGAUAAGAGAAGAUGUGAAUCAUUUUGAAUUAGAUUAUUACCCUGAAUACACUUUAGUUUCUUAAAGAGGUUAAAAUUUUUUAAAAGGACCUGAUAUAUAUUUUUCAUAUUUGAAAGGAUUAAGAAUAUUUGGUGGUUAGUUCAUUUGGGCAUAAGCAAGAUUUAGAAGAGUUCAUCAAAACUUAGGUCCUCAUCAUAGUAUUUCAAUAGGUUUUUAUGUAUUUUUUGGUCCAUUAUUCCCUUCAGAUGGAAAGUUCAUCUAUUAAAUUGAUUAAUAGGAUCCAUUAUACACAUCCACACUGAAUGCAGUUACUUUCUAAAAUGGCACAAAAUAAUAGAUCAUUAGAAAGAAAAUAAAUCAUUCUUUAAAUCAUUUAAUAUUAGAGUUAGAAUGCUUUGGAGAAAACAAUGAAGUACAAUAAGCCUAUUGUGGAUUUUAUAAUUAUUACUUAGCUAUUCAUUAUUGUUAACCUUUUUGUUUAUAAUGUACUGAUGAAAAAACUUGUACUAAUUGGAAUAGUACUUAUAAUCCCUCUUUAAUUUAAUUUUCUUAAGACGAAUGUUAAACAAAUUAGUAUUUUGAUGUCUACUAAUUAUUGUGUGUUAAUUGUGAACCCAGUUGUUCAACUUGUAAAUCUAAAACAGUUUGUUUGACUUGUAUAAAUCCUACUUAUACUUUAACGAAGGUAGGAUGUUUUUGUAAACUAAAUCAAAUUGAAGAAUCCAAUUAAUGUGUUAAUUGUCCAAUUGAAUGUAAUUAAUGUUCAAGUUCAUCUUAUUGUACUGAAUGUUUAUCUAUAAAUAAUCGUAAAUUAUUAAAUGGAUAAUGUAUUUGCAUAGAUGGUUAUUAUUAAAAAGAUUAAGAUAUUAUAUGCUCAUUAUGUGAUAAAUUUUGUGGUACUUGUUUUGGUCCAACUUCUAAUGAUUGCUUAACUUGCAAUAUUGAAGUGUUGAAUAUCUAAUUAAUAGAAUCUACUUGUAAAUGUCCAACCAAUUCUUUUUAUUAAAAUUCAUACAAUACAUGUACAUUUUGUCAUACAACUUGCUUAACUUGUCUUAAUGACAGUAUUGAUGGCUGUUUAACUUGCGAUUCAUAAUAAAAUAGAUAAUUAUAAGGAUUAAAGUGUACUUGCACAACAGGAUUCUACACAUAAAAUAAUAUUUGUAUUUAAUGUCCUAAUAAUAUUGAUGUAUCACUUUUAGAAUGUUAUAAAUAUUGUGAUAAUGGUGAUCUAAUAUGGAAUACGAAUACUUGUAAUACUUGUGGAUAAGGAUUUAAUUUAAUAUCUAAUGAAUGUGUUCCAAUUUGUGGAGAUCUGUUAGUUGUUGGGUAUGAGUAAUGUGAUGAUGGCAAUAAUAUUUUAGAUGAUAAAUGUUAUAAUUGUCAAUUCUAAUGUCCAAUUAACUGUUAAACUUGUGACAUAAACACUAUACUACCUUGUCCAGAUAUUUGUGGAGAUGGAUUAAUUACUGGUGAUGAAGAGUGUGAGGAUGGAAACGACAUCUAAUUUGAUGGAUGUUUUGAUUGUAAAUAUUAAUGUUAGACUUAAUGUACUAAAUGUAUUAAGGGUAAAUGUUCUGAAUGUGCUACUUUAGGAUGGUAAAUUGAUGUCUCAUCUGAACCUUGGCUUUGUAAGGAAGUUUGUGGAGAUGGUUUAAGAGUUGGAAUUGAAGAAUGCGAUGAUGCUAAUUUCUAUGACUUUGAUGGGUGUCAUAAUUGCAAAUUUUUAUGUAGAAUAGGAUGCUCUUUUUGUGAUUAUGAACAGAGAAAAUGCUUGAGUUGUGAAUUUGAAGGAUUUUAGCCUUCUGAUUAUUUUUGUUAACCUAUCCUAAAUGAUGGAUUGCUUGUAUGGGAUCCAUAUGGAUUCUUUUAUGAAAGAGCUCAUAAAUCAAAUAGGUGUGAUAAUUGUUAUUCUGAAUGUGGAUCGUGUGGAGGGGUUUUUUUCAAAUUUGAAUGUUAACCAUUAGAAUGUACUAGUUGUGUGAAUAAAAAAUGCUAAGCUUGUAUUUCUGGACAAACUCUUUCAACUAAUAAUAUUUGUUAACCAAUUUGUGGUGAUAAUAUAAAAGCCUAUAAUGAAUACUGCGAAGACUCACAUGUGUUACCGUAUAGAGGAUGCCAAAAUUGUAGACCUAAAUGUUAAGAUUCUUGUUCUAAAUGUGAUAUAAUAUACAAGGAUUACUAGUAUUACGGAAUAGGAUGUUUACAAUGCAAAGACGGGUACAAAUUAAAUGACUUUCUAUGUUAUUCUAAAUGUGGCGAAUUUCUAUUUUCAUAUGAUAAGGAGUGCGAUGAUGGUAAUUUAAUUCCUGAUGAUGGUUGCCACUUCUGCUAAUUGAAUUGCCAAAAAUCUUGUCUAUUUUGUAUUAAAGGAGUUUGCCUUGAUUGUGAAGAAGGCUAUGAAUUAAUAUAGUCAAGAUGUCAUCCUAUUAUUAAUUCUUUUGAAUAAUAUAAAUAUUCCAAUNGUGAUAAUGGUGAUCUAAUAUUAAAUACGAAUACAUGUAAUACUUGUGGAUAAGGAUUUAAUUUAAUAUCUAAUGAAUCUGUUCCAAUUUGUGGAGAUCUGUUGUUGGGUAUGAGUAAUGUGAUGAUGGUAAUAAUAUUUUAGUUGAUAAAUGUUAUAAUUGUCAAUUCUAAUGUCCAACUAACUGUUAAACUUGUGACAUAAACACUAUACGACCUUGUCCAGAUAUUUUUGGAGAUGGAUUAAUUAUUAGCGAUGAAGAGUGUGAGGAUGGAAAUGACAUCUAAUUUGAUGGUUGUUUUGAUUGUAAAUAUUAAUGUUAGACUUAAUGUACUAAAUGUAUUAAGGGUAAAUGUUCUGAAUGUGCUACUUUAGGAUGGUAAAUUGAUGUCUCAUCUGAACCUUGGCUUUGUAAGGAAGUUUGUGGAGAUGGUUUAAGAGUUGGAAUUGAAGAAUGCGAUGAUGCUAAUUUCUAUGACUUUGAUGGGUGUCAUAAUUGCAAAUUUUUAUGUAGAAUAGGAUGCUCUUUUUGUGAUUAUGAACAGAGAAAAUGCUUGAGUUGUGAAUUUGAAGGAUUUUAGCCUUCUGAUUAUUUUUGUUAACCUAUCCUAAAUGAUGGAUUGCUUGUAUGGGAUCCAUAUGGAUUCUUUUAUGAAAGAGCUCAUAAAUCAAAUAGGUGUGAUAAUUGUUAUUCUGAAUGUGGAUCGUGUGGAGGGGUUUUUUUCAAAUUUGAAUGUUAACCAUUAGAAUGUACUAGUUGUGUGAAUAAAAAAUGCUAAGCUUGUAUUUCUGGACAAACUCUUUCAACUAAUAAUAUUUGUUAACCAAUUUGUGGUGAUAAUAUAAAAGCCUAUAAUGAAUACUGCGAAGACUCACAUGUGUUACCGUAUAGAGGAUGCCAAAAUUGUAGACCUAAAUGUUAAGAUUCUUGUUCUAAAUGUGAUAUAAUAUACAAGGAUUACUAGUAUUACGGAAUAGGAUGUUUACAAUGCAAAGACGGGUACAAAUUAAAUGACUUUCUAUGUUAUUCUAAAUGUGGCGAAUUUCUAUUUUCAUAUGAUAAGGAGUGCGAUGAUGGUAAUUUAAUUCCUGAUGAUGGUUGCCACUUCUGCUAAUUGAAUUGCCAAAAAUCUUGUCUAUUUUGUAUUAAAGGAGUUUGCCUUGAUUGUGAAGAAGGCUAUGAAUUAAUAUAGUCAAGAUGUCAUCCUAUUAUUAAUUCUUUUGAAUAAUAUAAAUAUUCCAAUGAUUUUAAAUGCUUGUAAUCACAUAAGAAUUGGAUUAUGAAAAACAGCAACUUCGGAUAGAAUGAUGUCAAUAAUUAUAUUAAUUUAUAGAAUUCUUCUUGUAAAUUUUGUUUGAUUAAUUGUGAGAUAUGCAAUGAAGAAUCUUGUAUAAGCUGUGUAAAAGGAUAUUAUUUAAAUGAAUAACAAUAAUGCUAAUCGGAAUGUGGUGAUGGUAUUCUAACAUAAGAUGAAUAAUGUGAAUUGAAUGAACAAUAUUGCUUUAAUUGCAAAUAUAUUCAUCCUUAAUAUUGCUAAAAAUCUAUAAAUAAUGUAUGCAUAAAUUGUGAUGAUGGUUAUUAUUUUGAUGAACUUGAAAAGUUAUGUAAAUUAUCAUGUGGAGAUGGUGGAGAUGGCAUAUUAAUUUAUAAUGAAAAAUACUAAAUACAAUCAAAAAUUGAUUGUAAGUUUUAGUGUAGUGAAGAUUGUUUGGUUUGUAAAAAUGGAUUUUGCUAAUAAUGUAAAGAUUCAUUUAAUAUUUGGAAUGGAUAAUGUCACAAAGUUGAGAAAUUAAUUAGAUCACAAUUGGAAUGUAAAGAACAUAUUUAGGGUUUAUGUAUAUAAUGUUAUGAAUAAUAUGUGUUAAAUUUAUAAGGUGAGUGCAUACCAUCUUGUUAAGACAGCUGCGUCAUUUGUAAAUUUGGAUAAUGCUAUGAAUGCAAAGAAUCAUACUAUUUAUAUUAGAAUACUUGUUAUCCAGAAAAUGAAUGCUCUUUGUACUUUAUUUCUGAUUUUUCAGUAUUUGAUAUUACUUGUAGAAAUUUAUAAUCAAUUGAAAUAUAAAGGAACAAUCAACAAUCUUUAGAUUCUGAUGAAAUAUCUAAUCGCUUGUAAUUUCUUUUUGGAUAUGAUUUUGAUUUAAUUGAUUCACAAUUUUUUGAAAAUUGGUUAUUCUUAAAUAAAACAUUAAACGGCUAAUAAAUUUAAAUAGUUGAAGAUGAGAUAAUUUAAAUCAACAUAGAUAAUAAUGAUUCAGAUUCAUAUUUUAAUCUUUAAGAGUUAAAUUGUAAUACUGAUUGUUUACUUUGUUUUGAUACAUAAUGUAUUCAAUGCUAAAUAGGGUAUUUAAUUGUUGACUUUUCUUGUGUUUCAAACUGUGGUGAUUCAUUAACAGUAGGAAAUGAAUAAUGUGACGAUGGUAAUAUAUAUGAGUAUGAUGGAUGCUACGAAUGUUAAUAUUAAUGUUAGAAGUAUUGUGAAAUUUGCGAAAGAGGAAAUUGUAUUAAAUGCAUUUCUAAUUUUGUAUUUGAUUCUCUCCAAUAAUGUCGUUAAAUGGAAUAAUUAUCAAUUACUCAGAAUUAAGAUUGUCGAAUAAUUUAAAAUAAUCAAUGCAUAUUGUGUGAACAUGGAAAUCUUGAGUCUAUAACUGGAAUUUGCAUCUUAGAUUACUAUUUAGAAAACUAAUGUAUAGGUCAUUGCAAUAUAUGUUUAAAUUAAAAAUGUCAACAAUGUGAGUAUGGUUAUUACGGAACAUAUUGUCUUGAGGGAGAUGGGUCAAAUCUUCCAAUUGAGCGUUGCACUGAUUUCAACUAAUAAUAAUCAUAAAUUUGCAAAUAAUUUUAAGAAUGUAAUUAAAAUUGCAUUUACUGUGUUAAUAAAAUAUGUUAUCUCUGUAAUGAAGGAACUUAUUUAUUUAAUAAUGAAUGCAUUAUAUCAAAAAUUGAUAAAGUUGCAUAUAAGAGUGACAUUGAACCAAAAUGUGGAGAUGGAAUUGUUUAAAUUUAUGAAGAAUGUGAUGAUAGAAAUACAAAAUAGUUUGAUGGCUGUUUUUAUUGUAAAUUCUCUUGUGAUACAAAUUGUUAUGAUUGUUUUUAAGGAAUCUGCUAGACUUGCUAAGAUGGUUUUAUUUUGAAUUAAAAUCAUUUAUGUGAUCCACUUUGUGGUGAUAAUUUUGUAGUUCCAUUUUCAAUAGAAUAGUGUGAUGAUGGUAAUUUCAAAUCUCUUGAUGGUUGUUAUAAAUGCAAAUAUGAAUGUCUAUCUAAUUGUCUUGAUUGUAAUUAAAUACUAUGUCUUAAAUGUGAAGAAGGCUUUGAAACCAAUAAGUCUUAUUGUGUUCCUAUAUGUGGAGAUGGUAUCAUAAUUUAAUAAUUUGAGGAUUGCGAAGAUUUAAAUGAUGAACCUUAUGAUGGUUGUUAUGAAUGCAAAUUUUAAUGUAGACAAAAUUGUAAAUUAUGUAGUCAAGGGGUUUGCUUAGAUGAAUGUCCUGAAGGAAUGAUUUAUGUUGGUGAUAUUUGUAUGCCGAAAAAAUGUAUUGAUAAUUGCCAAAUAUGUGAGAAAGGAGAUUGCUUUGAAUGCAAUAUAGGAUAUUCUUAUGAUGGGUUAAAAAAUUAAUGUAUUUAAGAUAAAUUAUCAGACUCUUCUUUAAAUGUAUCAAUGAUUGAAAUGGAUGAAAACUUAUACAUAUGUCGUCUUACAGAAUGUGUUUUUUCACCAGCCCCUAUUCUGUAAGUAAUCUUAAUUAACCAGACUUUUUCAAGAUAAUAUGUGGAGAUCUUCUUCGAUUAACAAGUUAAAUUGAAAUUUGAUGAAGAAGAAUUAAAAUUUCAAUUCAAUUUUACUAAUUUAAAGUAAGGAGAUUAUAUUAUUACAUUGCAUUAAAAAUAACCAAUAAAUUAUGAAAUAAAUUUUGCUUCUUACAUAGUUGAAAUUGAAAAUUUAGCUUCAAUAAAUGAAAAACCAUUCUUGCAAAUAUUUUGCUCUUCAGAUGUCAUUAAUUCUAAUAACUAAACCCUUUAAAAUAAAUUUGCCUCUAUCAAAUUAAAUUACCCUUAAAUCUUAUCUAAUGAAUAAAAAUAAACAUCUUAAUUUAUGCAAAAUACUAAUAAAGUAUUCAUGUAUGGAGCUAUCUCAGUUAGUUUGGUUUCAUUAUUUGCAGGAGAUUCUUCAUUCUUUUUAGAAACACUUAAUGUAUUAUAAUAAUAAUCUUUCUUGAAAUUUAUUAAUGUUGAUUACCCUGAAAAUCUUUACAUUUAUUUUGAGGCUUCUGAUAUGUUAAGUGUUAGUUCAUAUUUUAGUUAAUUAAAUUUGGAUUACUAUUAUAAUUUCAUAUCACAGAAAACAGAACCUCUUUAAGUGAACGGAAAAUUUGAACUUUAUGAUGUAGAUCCUGAUUUGAUUAUAAGUUUACUUCCUUAGGUUUUUUAAUGUUCAGGUAUUGUACUACUUUUGUUUUUGAGCAGAUUAAUCUAUAGGUUAUUUCAUUUGAUUAUGUCCAAAAAAUAGAUCUAUGAUUACUUUAAUUCUAAAUCAUAAUUCUUAAUAAAAUCAUUUUUAACAAUAUUAAAUACUUUGAGAAUUUAGAUGAAGAAUUUGAUAAAUUUAAGAAGAAAUUUAAACUCUAACUAUAUAAAAAUUUUCUUCUCAUUAAAUGCUUGGGAUAUACUUUUUAAAUCGAUAUUAUAAAUUCGCUAUACUUAAUUUAAAUAAGCUAGGGAAUAUAUUCAACUGAUAGGUAGUUUUCUAUUGAUAUAUACAUAUGGUUCAUAUAUGAUUGAAUUUUUAAGGAAAAAGGGGAAGUCAGAGAAUAAAUAUGAUUUUGAAUCAANAAUUUGAGGAUUGCGAAGAUUUAAAUGAUGAACCUUAUGAUGGUUGUUAUGAAUGCAAAUUUUAAUGUAGACAAAAUUGUAAAUUAUGUAGUCAAGGGGUUUGCUUAGAUGAAUGUCCUGAAGGAAUGAUUUAUGUUGGUGAUAUUUGUAUGCCGAAAAAAUGUAUUGAUAAUUGCCAAAUAUGUGAGAAAGGAGAUUGCUUUGAAUGCAAUAUAGGAUAUUCUUAUGAUGGGUUAAAAAAUUAAUGUAUUUAAGAUAAAUUAUCAGACUCUUCUUUAAAUGUAUCAAUGAUUGAAAUGGAUGAAAACUUAUACAUAUGUCGUCUUACAGAAUGUGUUUUUUCACCAGCCCCUAUUCUGUAAGUAAUCUUAAUUAACCAGACUUUUUCAAGAUAAUAUGUGGAGAUCUUCUUCGAUUAACAAGUUAAAUUGAAAUUUGAUGAAGAAGAAUUAAAAUUUCAAUUCAAUUUUACUAAUUUAAAGUAAGGAGAUUAUAUUAUUACAUUGCAUUAAAAAUAACCAAUAAAUUAUGAAAUAAAUUUUGCUUCUUACAUAGUUGAAAUUGAAAAUUUAGCUUCAAUAAAUGAAAAACCAUUCUUGCAAAUAUUUUGCUCUUCAGAUGUCAUUAAUUCUAAUAACUAAACCCUUUAAAAUAAAUUUGCCUCUAUCAAAUUAAAUUACCCUUAAAUCUUAUCUAAUGAAUAAAAAUAAACAUCUUAAUUUAUGCAAAAUACUAAUAAAGUAUUCAUGUAUGGAGCUAUCUCAGUUAGUUUGGUUUCAUUAUUUGCAGGAGAUUCUUCAUUCUUUUUAGAAACACUUAAUGUAUUAUAAUAAUAAUCUUUCUUGAAAUUUAUUAAUGUUGAUUACCCUGAAAAUCUUUACAUUUAUUUUGAGGCUUCUGAUAUGUUAAGUGUUAAUUCAUAUUUUAGUUAAUUAAAUUUGGAUUACUAUUAUAAUUUCAUAUCACAGAAAACAGAACCUCUUUAAGUGAACGGAAAAUUUGAACUUUAUGAUGUAGAUCCUGAUUUGAUUAUAAGUUUACUUCCUUAGGUUUUUUAAUGUUCAGGUAUUGUACUACUUUUGUUUUUGAGCAGAUUAAUCUAUAGGUUAUUUCAUUUGAUUAUGUCCAAAAAAUAGAUCUAUGAUUACUUUAAUUCUAAAUCAUAAUUCUUAAUAAAAUCAUUUUUAACAAUAUUAAAUACUUUGAGAAUUUAGAUGAAGAAUUUGAUAAAUUUAAGAAGAAAUUUAAACUCUAACUAUAUAAAAAUUUUCUUCUCAUUAAAUGCUUGGGAUAUACUUUUUAAAUCGAUAUUAUAAAUUCGCUAUACUUAAUUAAAGAAGCUAGGGAAUAUAUUCAACUGA